AUGAAACCAGUCGACUACUCGCUCUACCUCGUCACCGACUCGACGCCCGGCAUCCUCGGCACGGCGGACCUCGUGUCGGUCGUCGAGGCGGCGUGCCGCGGCGGCGUGACCGUGGUGCAGUACCGCGAGAAGCAGGCCGACACGGGCACGCUGGUGCGCACGGCGCGGGCGCUGCACGCCGUGACGCGGCGCCACGGCGUGCCGCUGCUCGUCAACGACCGCGUCGACGUGGCGCUGGCCGUCGGGUGCGAGGGCGUGCACGUGGGCCAGGACGACAUGGACCUCGCGACGGCGCGCCGGCUGCUGGGCCCAGCGGCCCUCAUCGGCGUCACGGCGAGCACGCUCGACGAGGCGCGCGCCGCGGCCCGGGGGGGUGCCGACUACCUCGGUCUCGGCACCGUGUUCGCGACGGCGACCAAGACGAAUACGAAGCACAUCAUCGGCACGGCGGGCCUCAGGGCGAUCCUCGACGGGCUGGCGCGCGACGACGCGGCCGCCGCGGCCGCCGUCAAGACGGUCUGCAUCGGCGGCAUCCACGCCGGCAACGUUCAGCGCGUGCUCUACCAGUCGGCGGCGCCGACCAAGGCCCUCGACGGCGUCGCCGUCGUCAGCGCCGUCGUCGCGGCGGUGGACCCGGACGCGGCGUCGCGCAGCCUGCUGACCCUCGUGCGCAGCCCACCGCCGUUCACGCGCGGCGUUCUCGCGGCGGGGAGCCCCGGCGCCGCGUCCUCGGCCGAGGCCGUGCUGGCGCUCGUGCCGGACGUCAUCCGCGCCGUGGCCGCGCAGGCGCCGCUGUCGCACAACAUGACGAACCUCGUCGUGCAGAACCUGGCCGCCAACGUCGCCCUCGCCGUCGGCGCGUCGCCCAUCAUGGCCAACUUUGGCGACGAGGCCGUCGACCUCGCCGCCCUCGGCGGCGCCCUCGUCGUCAACAUGGGCACCGUCACGCCCGAGGGGCUCGACAACUACGCCAAGGCGCUGCGGGCGUACAACGCCGUCGGGCAGCCCGUCGUCUUUGAUCCCGUGGGCGCCGGCGCAACCGCGGUCCGCCGCGCCGCCGUCAAGACGCUCCUGGCGGCGGGCUAUCUCGACAUCAUCAAGGGCAACGAGGGCGAGGUGACGACGGUGUUGGGCGAGGCGCCGCCGCAGCAGCAAAAGGGCGUCGACUCGUCGCCGUCGACGCUGACGGCCGCGGCCAAAGCGUCGCUCGUGCAGCGCCUCGCGGCCCGCGAGCGCAAUGUCGUGCUCAUGACGGGCGCCGUCGACUACGUCUCGGACGGCACGCGCACGUUUGCCGUCGCCAACGGCCACGCGCUGCUCGGUGCCGUCACGGGCACGGGCUGCUGUCUCGGCACCACCGUCAGCGCCAUGGUCGCGGCGCAGCGCGCGGGCGGUGGCGACGGCGACAGGCUUGCGGCCGUCGUGGCGGGGCUGCUGCAUUAUGAGAUUGCCGCCGAGAGGGCUGCUGUGCGGGACGACGUCAAGGGGCCCGGCAGCUUUGUGCCGGCGUUCCUCGACGAGCUGGCGAGGGUCAGGCAGAUGACGGUUGACGGGGAUCUGGCCUGGCUUGCUGCAGCCAAGGUGAGCCUGGUUGAGGAGGCAUGA